AGAGAGAGAAGGGGAGUGAAAUACGCCAGAAGGGAGCAUCCACUGGUGUUGCCUCACUUUUGUACGUUUGAGUGUGAGUCAUUUCUUUGGGGUAUCACAUCCAGCGGAGGAGUGCUCACAGCAACGGCAAUACCAUUUUUUAUUUAUUUUUUUUCCAAGAUCCCUUCACUCUGUUGCGGUGUGAAUUUUUUUUUACACUUUGUCAGUGUAGCAGUAGAUUAGCCACAGACCAAGAUGUUUUGGGCAGUGCUACUGCUGCCAUUCAUCUCUGCGCUGAAGCCUGAGUGGCAGCCAGGAACGUACCCUUCAACUGAGGCGGGCGCCGUAGAGUUUGUGAACGCAUACAACUCCACGGCAGAAGAAGUCUUCUACUUCAGCACCUCUGCCAGCUGGAACUACAACACCAACCUGACAGACUACAACUCCCAGGAGCAGAUCGAAGCCUCUUUGGAGGAGCAGGCCUUCACAGAGGCUUGGGGAAAGAAGGCUAAGGAGCUUUUCACUGAUGCUCUGCUGGACUCUUUCACGGAUCCUGACCUGAAGAAAAUCAUCAAAAAGAUUAAUGUUUUGGGAGCUGCCAAUCUUGACCAAACUGAGAGAGAACGGUAUAAUUCCAUUCUCAGCCAAAUGGACAGCAUCUACUCUACGGCAAAGGUGUGUCCCAAGCCUGAGGAAUGCUGGUCUCUGGAACCCGAACUCACAGACAUCAUGGCCAAUUCACGGAGCUACAAGAGGUUGCUGUAUGCUUGGGAAGGCUGGCACAAUCAGUCAGGAAUGCCCCUCAAAAAACUUUACCCUGAGUUUGUCCAACUCAGCAACAAGGCCUCCCAGAUGGACGGUUUCGCGGACACUGGCGAGUACUGGCGCUCCUGGUAUGAGUCUCCCACUUUUGAGACGGAUCUGGAGACAAUCUUCCAACAGCUGCAGCCCCUCUACCUCAACCUGCACGCCUUCGUACGCCGCAAGCUGUACGACUUCUAUGGCCCUAAAUACAUCAACCUCAAAGGACCCAUUCCCGCUCACCUGCUCGGAAACAUGUGGUCACAAACCUGGAACAACAUCUAUGACACGAUGAUCCCGUUCCCUGGCAAACCCAAUGUGGAUGUGACUUCUGCCAUGGUGGCACAGAACUAUAACGCAACUCACAUGUUCCGGGUGGCCGAGGAGUUCUUCACUUCCUUGGGUUUGAUUGAGAUGCCGCCAAAAUUCUGGGAAAAGUCCAUGUUAGAGAAACCUGCAGAUGGCAGAGAAGUGGUGUGCCAUGCCUCGGCAUGGGACUUCUACAACAGAGAGGACUUCAGGAUUAAGCAGUGCACCACAGUGACUAUGGAGCAGCUCUUCACUGUCCACCAUGAGAUGGGCCACGUGGAAUAUUACCUGCAGUACAAAGACCAGCCAGUCAGCUACCGCCGUGGGGCUAACCCUGGUUUCCAUGAGGCGGUUGGGGAUGUGCUGUCACUCUCUGUCUCUACGCCCAAGCACCUGCACACCAUCAACCUCCUUGAGACGCUGACUGAUGACCCUGAGAGUGAUAUUAAUUACCUGUUGAAGAUGGCCUUGGAGAAGAUUGCUUUCCUUCCAUUUGGCUAUCUGAUUGAUCAGUGGCGCUGGGGUGUAUUCAGUGGAAAGACGCCAACAGAUCGCUACAAUGCAGACUGGUGGUACCUCAGGACCAAAUACCAAGGAAUCUGUCCACCAGUCAGACGCACAGAAGAACAUUUUGAUGCCGGGGCUAAAUUCCAUAUUCCUGGAAACACUCCAUACAUUAGAUAUUUUGUGAGCUUCGUCCUACAAUUCCAGUUCCAUGAGAGGCUAUGUCAAGCAGCUGGUCAUACUGGACCCUUGCACAAGUGUGACAUUUACAGAUCCAAGGAGGCUGGGGCCAUCUUAGCGAAACUGUUGCAGGCGGGCUCCUCCAGACCUUGGCCCGAAGUGUUACAAGAAGCCAUAGGCACAAACAAAAUGGACGCCAGCUCCUUGAUGAAAUACUUUGAGCCCAUUACCACUUGGCUGCAGGAGCAAAACAAAGGCGAGACCCUGGGCUGGCCUGACUUUGACUGGGUCCCACCGGUUCCAGAGGGCUACCCUGAGGACAUCGACAAAAUAGCAGAUGAGACACAGGCUAAGGACUUCCUGGCCGAGUAUAACAGCACUGCAGAGGAGGUGUGGAAUGCUUACACUGAAGCAUCUUGGUCCUACAAUACUAACAUUAAUGAGGAAAACAAACAGAUCAUGCUGCAAAAGAACCUGGAAAUGGCCGAACACACGCUGAAAUACGGCCAGAUGGCCAGGACGUACGACACUACAGAUUUUCAAGACGAGCAAGUGAAGAGGAUCCUAAAAAAACUCAGUGACAUUGAGAGAGCAGCGCUGCCUGAUGAGAAGCUUAAAGAGUACAACAACCUUCUGGCAACGAUGGAAACCAUAUACAGUGUGGCUAAAGUCUGCAGGGAGGAUGGAACAUGUCAUCCGCUAGACCCAGACCUCACUAAGAUCAUGGCAGAGUCCAGGGACUACGAUGAGCUUCUGUUUGCCUGGAAGGGCUGGCGGGAUGCCGCUGGCAAACCCCUGCGCCAGAACUACAUGAGAUAUGUGGAGCUUGCCAAUGAGGCUGCCAGAAUCAAUGGUCACACGGAUAAUGGGGCUUUCUGGCGUUCCCUGUACGAGACGCCCACUUUUGAGCAAGAUCUUGAGAGGCUGUGGAAAGAGCUGGAGCCACUCUAUCUCAAUGUUCACGCUUAUGUCCGUAGAAAGCUCUACGAGAAAUAUGGACCCGAACGCGUCAACCUGAAAGGACCAAUCCCUGCACAUCUGUUAGGAAACAUGUGGGCACAGACCUGGUCGGGUAUAAUGGAUCUGGCUAUCCCUUAUCCUGAUGCUACUCAAGUGGAUGCCACACCAGCCAUGGUAGCCCAGGGUUGGAAUGCUAAGCGCAUGUUUGAGGAGUCAGAUAAGUUCUUUACCUCUCUGGGCCUGCUGCCUAUGCCCCCUGAGUUCUGGGAAAAGUCCAUGAUAGAGAAACCUACAGAUGGCCGAGAGGUGGUUUGCCAUGCCUCAGCUUGGGACUUCUACAACCGCAAAGACUUCAGGAUUAAGCAAUGCACUGUCGUGACCAUGGAUGACCUUAUUACAGUGCACCACGAGAUGGGCCACGUUCAGUAUUUCCUACAAUACAAGGACCAGCCCGUCUCCUUCCGCGAUGGAGCUAACCCUGGUUUCCAUGAGGCCAUUGGUGAUGUGCUAGCUCUCUCUGUGUCCACGCCAAAACAUCUCCAAAGCAUUGGACUACUGGAUAAAGUAGAAGAUAACUACGAGAGCACCAUAAACUUUCUGAUGAGCAUGGCCCUGGAUAAAAUUGCCUUCCUCCCCUUUGGCUACCUGAUGGACCAAUGGCGGUGGAAGGUGUUUGAUGGGCGGAUACCUGACACAGAGUACAACAAGGAGUGGUGGAACUUGAGACUGAAGUACCAGGGACUGUGUCCACCCGUGCCACGCACUGAGGAAGACUUUGACCCAGGCGCAAAAUUCCACAUCCCAGCCAAUGUGCCAUAUGUCAGGUAUUUCGUCAGCUUUGUCAUCCAGUUCCAGUUCCACAAGGCUCUUUGUGAAGCUGCAAACCAGCCAGCACCUCUCCACAGCUGUGAUAUUUACCAGUCUAAAGAAGCUGGAAAACUUCUUGGUGAUGUGAUGAAACUGGGCUUCAGUAAACCAUGGCCUGAAGCAAUGGCAAUGAUCACUGGGCAUCCCAACAUGUCGGCCUUGCCUCUGAUCGAAUACUUCAAACCACUCAUUGAUUGGCUGGAGUCUGAGAACAAAAAGAACAACGAGGUGCUUGGAUGGCCCGAGUACAACUGGGCGCCAUCAACAAUCUCCACAGGUAAUGAGGCGGUGAAGACAGAUUUCCUGGGCAUGAGUGUGGAUGAAGCCGCUGCUACCGCUGGUCAGUGGGUUCUCCUGGUACUAGGCGUCGUUCUUCUGCUGUCCACCAUCUUCCUUGCCUACAAGUAUAGGAAAUCCAAGCGCUUGCGUAACAAGUCCUGCUCUGAGAUGGAACUCAAAUAAGAUUCUUCCACAACUUCCCCCGACCAAACUUCUCACAUGUCCACAUCGUUUCGGUCUCCGGAGAACGUUUUCCUGUAUGUUUUAAGAAUGUCUUGUAUAUUUGUUAAAUAAUUUGUUUGACUAUGCAAAGAGAGGUAUUUGUUUUAUAAUUUAUUUGUAAAAAAAAAUUCCGAAUGUUGGGUAUGCGUGGGGACUGUCGAUUAUUUGUUUGUAAAGUCUAAACUGUGUAUGCAAUUUGAAUUAAUUUUAUUGGUAAAUACUUUAUAGAAUAAAGAUAAAUGACCGUA